AUGUGUGAAAUGUGUCAAAAUUCUCUUGUGUUCUCUCAUUGUCUCUCCUCUCUCAUGGAAUUUAUUCGCGAAUUGCGCCAUUAAAUACUUCCAAGUAUUUCAAUAAUAGGUUUACUAUAAUUUUCACACCAUUUUUCGCAUUAAAUCGCAUAAUUUUCUGCAUUUUUUUUUGCCAAAGUGGAUUAUUUCAGAUCUACAAUUUGUGAUACAGACAAAAGUGCUUUUCUUGAAAGUGGAUAUUAUAAAAUAUUCAGAUUUUAUAGUGAAAAUCUUUUUAAAAAUUAGUGUAUUAGUGAAUAGGGUUUAAAGAAAGUGUUUAAAGUGCAAAUUACAAAAGGUUCCAAAUUAUAAUCCAGCAUCUUUUUGAAUAAACUGAAAAUUUAAAUAAUAUACGAGUUUUUAAAAAAAAAACAAUCAUGAUACUGACUGGGGUUAUGACAGCAGUUUCUUUAAGAAGAUGUUUUUAUUUGUCCGCUGUGGUUUUGGUGCUCUCGACAUUAAUGGCAGCAGUUAUAAUUGUGAAAUUAACACCUUUAGAAUCAAUUAAAUGUCAACCACAUCCAGUAACUCCGGGUGUUGAAUGGAGUACAAUUGUAAAUCAACAAAUUGAUCCUAUAACAACACCGAAAGUAAUUGAAAAUAAUCAAAAGGAAAUGAAUAACAGGAGAUAUAAUGAAAUGAGGGAGAAAAUUGUUCAAAAUAAAAUUGCUCGCAUGUCAAGGCGAAUGAGAAAUAAAAUUCUUCCAUUAUUAAAUAGUUCCGUUAUUGUCGAGCCAAAUUACAAUAUUCAUAUAUUUUACUAUCCUUGGUAUCGAUCUAAGGAAUACGAUGGAUUUUGGAAGCACUGGAAUCACGAGUAUUUGCCAAAUUGGAAGAAAAAUGAUAAGAGAAUCUUUCCACAAGGGCAUCAUGAUCCACCGGCUGAUAUUGGCUCUAAUUUUUAUCCCGAUUUGGGCUGUUACAGUUCUUUCGAUCCAAAGGUGAUCGAUUUGCAUAUGAAGCAGUUAAAAGAAACGGGAAUUGGCGUUGCAAUUGUUUCAUGGACUCCACAAACAGUAGCCGAUAAUACAGACGUACUAAUGCCAGAUUUAUUGGAUGCAGCUCAUCGUUAUCAAUUAAAAGUUGCACCGCAAAUAGAACCAUACGAGGGAAGAAAUCCAAUUAAUUUAUUGGACCACAUAAAAUAUUUAUUCACAAAUUAUGGAUCGCAUCCAGCACUCUACAGACUAAAGAGAGAGGACGAUGGAGCAAUAUUGCCGGUUAUUUACAUUUAUGACUCGUACGUAUUUCCAUCCACUGCUUGGUGGGAAUUAUUAUCGGAGAGGGGGAAUUUAACUUUGAGAGGCUCGGAAAUGGAUGCAUUUUAUAUAGGUUUAUUAGUAGAAUCGCAGCAUAAAAGUCAUAUUAAAAAAUCACAUUUUGAUGGAUUUUAUACGUACUUUGCGGUAAAUGGCUUCAGCUACGGAAGCACCUGGAAGAAUUGGAAGGAUUUGAAUAAAUUCGCCAUUCAAAAUAAACUUCUUUUUAUACCAAGCGUUGGACCCGGCUAUGCCGAUACACAGGUACGUCCUUGGAAUGCGGAUAAUACAAGACCACGUCGUCAUGGACAAUAUUAUGAAGUUGCAUGGAGAACGGCACUAAAUAGCGGAGCAACGACAAUUUCAAUAACUUCGUUUAACGAAUGGCACGAAGGAACACAAAUAGAACCGGCCAAACCAGCAAGUAAUAAAGAUUUUAAUUAUUUAGAUUAUGAACCAGAAGGACCUAAUUUUUAUCUGAAUUUAACAAAAUGGUGGGUUCAACAAUUCACGGUAAAAUACAAAGCUCAAUAAGUAUUAACAAUUAUUAUUAUUAUUCUAAUCUAUUUUAAUCUUCUACAGAAAAAAAAACUUUUAUCCAUUCAUCAUCAAGCAUAUCUGUUACAGAUAAAAUUCAUCAUGUCUCUCUGAUAUAAAACAUUUCUCUUCAAUAUUUAGAAAUUUUUCUUCUUUUUCUCCAAUUUUUUCCCUCUCACGAAAAAAUGGAAAAAUUUCAAAUAUUCAAGAGAAAGACUAUUUUUACCGAUUUAAAUAUAAAAAUAUAAAGGUAUUGAGAAACCGGAGAUUCGGGCAAGAAUAAUCGAUACUUUUCAGUCAACUAACUUUGAUUAAUUUUGAUACAAUAAAAUUUAUUAUUUAAUAAUUACAAUUAUAAUUAUAAUUAUAUUUAAUAAUUAUAUUGUUUUAAAAUUUUUUCUUUGUUAAUUGAUUUUGAGAGUCAAUUUUUCUUGUCCUAAUUAUUAUAAUAUAUCAACAAAGUGAUAAAUUCCUCAUAAUAUUGAUGAAUUUAAUAAUUUUUCGAAAAAUAACAGAAACAUUUUUUCUCUAACAUAAAUUAAAAUUCGUCUUUUAAAAAAAAUAUUUAUAAACAGCCAACAGUGUAUUGCUUUAUAGUCAGUAAAACAAUUAUAAAAUAAUUAACAAUAUCGAAAAGAACUUGACUUUUGUAAAUUGAAA